AUGUCCGUACUGGAGUACACCGCAAAGUUCAACUCGCUCGGGACCUAUGCCUCAACCAUCAUGGCAGAUGACACCCUGAAGCUACAUCGCUUCAAGAAGGAUUUGAGUAGCCGAAUUCAAUCAGCAUUAGUAAUCUACAAGCCAACUAAAUUUGCUGAUAUGAUGGGAGUAGCUAUUAGAACUGAAACGGACAUCAAAGGGCGUGAAGAUGAAGGCAAGAACAAGCGACUCCUCGCAAGUCAAUCUUCCCCAAGUGAACAAAGGAUCUCCGAUGCAUGCUUCAACUGUGGGAAGAUGGGGCACCGAAUUGCGGAUUGUCCUGAACCCAAGAACAAGGGGCGGUAUCAAAUUCUGUUGCAAUCCAGAAUAAACCAAAGGAGAAUAAGUCCAAUGCUCGGGUGUUCGCUAUUGCUCAAGAAGAGGUGGACAACGCAAGCGAUGUGGUGGCAGGGGCAUCUCGCCGCAGACUGCACGAACGAGAAAGCAUGCAACAAUUGCAGGAAGACAGGGCACCUAGCUCGUGAUUGCACAAACGAGCCUGUUUGCAAUCUCUGCAAUGUCGCAGGGCAUGUAGCUAGGCAAUGCCCAAAGUCAGGAACGCUUGGUACCUUUGGAGGUGGCUUUGGCGCCGGUGGCUUUGGUGGUGGGUUUCGUGGUGGGUACCAAGAUGUCAUCUGUCGGAACUGCAAUCAGGUUGGGCAUAUGAGUCGGGACUGCAUGGGUGCUCUGAUGAUCUGCCAUAACUGUGGCGGAAGGGGGCAUAUAGCCUACGAGUGCCCAUCAAGUAGGUUCAUGGACCGUGGGUUCCGAAGGUACUGA